AAAUAAUCUCCUAAUCCUCUCUAGGAAAGCGAGAAGAUCUUGAGCUUCAAGAGUUGUCUCUUUCGCUUUCAGCUUCUGCUUUUGCUCGCCCUCUCCUUACCUCUAUCAUUGGAGAUGGACGGGGCUCUAACUACGGCCGACAAGCAGAAUUUGGUUUCUUCAUUCCUAGAGAUCGCCGUUGGCCAGACUGCCGAUACCGCCAGACAAUUUCUACAGGCUACGAGUUGGAAGCUUGAUGAAGCUAUUCAACUAUUUUAUCUUGGAAACGAGAGUGGCAUGGUUACAUCAUCUCCCCCUUUAGGAAAUAUUCCAAAUGAUCGAAUUUCAGGUGGAUCUAAGGACUUUGGAAAUGGAAGUUUUAGGCCUGAUGGAGAAUAUGAAGUGAGGGCACCUAUACCUGUAAAAAGAGAAGCUCUUUAUGACAAUAUGCAUGGAUCAAGAGCGAGAUAUUCAUCACAUGAAUCUCAUUCAGUAGUUCCUUUCCGCAACUUUGACGAGGAGAUGAAACAUCCAGGGAUUUGGGGGUCAAAUGAAGGUGCCACAUCUACAACCGAUAGUUCUCGAGAUAACCUUGCAUCACUUUAUCGCCCUCCUUUUGCAUUAAUGUACCAUGGCCCCUUUGAGAAGGCAAAAGAUGCGGCUAAGAGCCAGAACAAAUGGCUACUUGUAAAUGUGCAAUCUACUUGUGAAUUCAGCUCGCAUAUGCUUAAUCGCGAUACUUGGGCAAAUGAAGCUGUUGCACAAACCAUCGGUACAAAUUUCAUCUUUUGGCAGGUAUAUGAUGAUACUGAGGAAGGCAGGAAGGUCUGUACUUAUUACAGGUUGGAUAAUGUCCCAGUGAUUCUUGUCAUUGACCCUAUCACAGGGCAGAAAAUUCGUUUAUGGCGUGGAAUGAUACAACCAGAAAGUCUGCUGGAAGAUUUGUUACCAUUAAUGGAUAGAAGCCCCAGUGAUCAUGUCACUUUAUCUCACAAACGCCCAAGAGAGAGUUCUCUGACUUCACCUUCCAAUACACAAGAGGAUUCAUCAACUGCAAAUAUACAUGGCGAAGAGGAUGAGGAACUAUUGCAAGCAUUGGCAGCUUCAAUGGAAAACAAGAAAGAUUCUCAUUCUGUUAGCGUGAAUGAUGAGGCCAUAGAUGACAAGAAGGCAGCAGACGAAAUUCCCCAGCAACUGAAGAAGUAUUAUCCACCACUGCCUGAAGAGCCAAAGGGAACUGAUAGGAAUCUUAUUUGCAGAGUUGGGAUUCGUCUUCCAGAUGGCCGUAGAAUUCAGAGGAACUUCCUGCGUUCAGAUCCAAUACAGUUGCUUUGGUCACACUGUUUGUCUCACCUUGACCUCAAGGAGGGUGAGACAAGACCAUUUCGCUUGGCGCAUGUUAUACCAGGAGCUUCAAAGUAUCUGGACUAUGACAUCAUAUUGACAUUUGAAGAAUCAGGGCUUGCCAACUCAAUGAUUUCAGUUACUUGGGAAUGAUAUGAUGACCGGCCACAAUCUUGUCAUAAAUAAAGGUUUCUGUUUUUUUCUUCUUUCUUCUUCUUCUAACUCUCUCUCUCUCUCUCUAUAUAUAUAUAUAUAUAUAUAUAUUAUAUAUAUAUAUAUAUAUGUUUAGGAGCAACUUAAAGGAAGUUUGUUGUGUAUAUAACAUGCUUUUUGUAGGCAUGGUUGCUACUAUGUUAUUAUCAUAUUUGUUGUUCAUGUUGGAGUUUCA